UCGGUCGCCCAGCCAAAUGUCAAGCCUGCCGUCUUUUUAAAUGCAGUGGUAUCCUUCUAUUAUGAUCCAGAAGCUACAAAUGGAAACCAUACAAAAAUUAUGUUCGCUAAAAUGUUAAAAUCAUUAGUAAAAUUGAACGAGGAAAGAAUAGCGAAUUUACAUAAUCUUUAUCAGUUAAAUAAUUACGAUUAUGGAAAGGGUUCGUUGAGAAGUUUCUACAAUGUUGAAAAUUAUGAUGACUUGAUAAACAAUAUGCGUGUUAUUUUAAGCGAAUUACGUAACAAUAAUAAUCUACGAACGAAGACAUUGAGCAUAGAACCAUUUAAUUCGAAAACAUUAAAAAAAGAAAAAGAUGAAUUACCUUUAGCCAAUUUAAAUUUAAACGACCGUGAAAAGGAACUUCUGAGAAAAAGUUGGAAUUAUUCAUGUAACAGGAAAGCAGCAAAGGUUUGUAGGAGGGCUUGUAUCACCACAUACAAAACUGUGUGUGACUCACACAAAUGUAGCAGCAGUAUGAAGAGGAAAUUUAAAAGAAAAUGCAGAUCGAAUUGCAAUGAUCGUUUCAAUUCUAAUAAUAAAAAAGAUGACACUGACUCUGAAUAGAACAAUUACAAAGUUCUAUGAAUAUUAAUAAAAGUAUUUUAGCAUGACAUAAAUUAUUCAAAUUUCAUCAUUAGCAGUUUGUGUUGGUCGUUAAUAUGUCAGCUGUUACAUGGCUUUUAUACAAAUAUUAGAAUUCAGAUGGAUAAAAUGGGUAUAUAAUCAUAAAAAAAUAAAAACAACAAAAAACAUUAAAA